AAAAUUUAAUAAUCUCCUUAUAUUAGAGUCAAGCUUCAACGACUUAUGUAGUCUCUUCAUCUCAAGCUUACUCUCAAAGUUCCACUUAAAGAAAAGAAAAAAAAGCAUGGACCAAAAGCUAAAGACCACCAACACUAGUCCACCACCGCAACCACCAAAGCGUUGGCUUAACCACAUCAAGACAUUUUUCGACGUUCCUAACCCGAGAAUCGUUAGAAUCUUUUUUAUAGGCAGUUUUGCCACAUUUUUCUCCGGAAUUGCUUUUGCUUUUGAAUGGACAUUAAACGGCAAGAACCAUAGCGGAUUCCAAUGGAUCAUCUACUACGCCUUGUCCCUGAUCAUUCUUCCUAUUCUCAUCUGGCUAGGUCUCGGUAUUGUCAUGAUUUUCUCGUCAAGCCACGGUUCAAUGCAAGUUGCUAGCUUCAUGGUGGAAGAAGAACAGUGUGUCGACGGUUCUGCCGAGAAGAGUGGGAAUAAAGAAACUAAAGAUAACAAUUGUGAGAGUUUGGCGAUUGUGGUUAAUUCGGCCGAUCAGAAAAAGUGCAUGGAGAAGAUAUUUGAGAACAAAACGGCAAAGCUAAAACGCACAGUUUCAUUCCCAUUGCAUAGCCAAGUGCGAUCAUGUCGGACUAGUCGAAGCUUUGCUAAAUGUCAAGAUAAGCAAACUUCGAUUCUCUCUAAUUCCUGGAAAUUGCCACGUCAUGGUGAGUCCAAUAAUGAAAAUUAUAUAACAUGUCCCACAAGCAAGAAAAUUUGUCAUCUAACGGAUGUACAAGAAACCACGUGGUAUGAUCGGCGGAAUUGUCGCCAAGUUUAGUUUGGUUUUAAGAUUGAAGAUAAGCUAAGUAUGUGGGGUCCACUUAGACUUAUUCUUAUUUAAGGAGACGAAUACUGUUUUUUUUAAGAAAAAAUAACCUACAAUUUUAAUUAUUAAUGUUUU